AUGAACCAAUUUCAGCCAAAUGAAAUCCCCAAGACAUAUACCUUGUCUGAGUUUAAUGCUUUGCUCUCUAAUCUUGAUGAUUCAGAUCCUGAUAUCAGAUUCAUGUCUUUGUUGGAUUUGACCAUGUUAAUAUCUCAUCGAGGAUCGUGUUUUGGUAACUAUCCUCAAUUAAUUGACCAAGUAAUCUUAAACUUAUUCUCAAAAUUGAAUGAUCCCAACACAGAAAUUUCAAAUCAAUCAUUGAUUUCUUUCAAUCACUUAUCCAUGUGGUUGACUGAUGUUCAGCUCUUCACUCUAUUGAAUACUUUGAAAAUCAAAAAUGAUCAAUUCAAUCAAGAAAAUAGCUUAUUAAUAUCAUACGACCCACUUGAUAGUUCUAAACAACAAAAUAAUAUUAGUUGUAACGUUUUUACCAUCUCGAUCAAAAACAUUUUCAAAAACUUGUUUGAAAUUGAUCAAAAUUUUCUUAACCAAUAUUCAUUCGUUGACACAGCAAAAAAAAUUUCAUUUCAAAAAAAUUUAAAUUUGAAAAAAAUUGAAUUACCAAGAUUUUUAGUCAAAAAUUUUUUCUUCCCUGUUUUACUAAACGGUUUUCAAAAUCCUACCUCAAAUUCUUAUUUAAAGUCAAUUCCAAUUUUUGAUAAAACUUCCAAAAUCCACAACUUGAAACAACUCAAUUUCCCUGUCUUAUCAUUAGAUAACAUCGGAAUAAUCAUAGAAUUUAUCAGUAAAUUCGGCGCGAAUUUUAAACCGCUUGAAAUCCAGUUGUUGUUAGAGUUUUUAUUGGAUUUGGUUUUAAAUAAUUCCUUUAAUUUAUUAUUCAACAAAUCAAUUGCAGCUAUUUCAAUUAUAUCCAGAUUUGCAUAUGAAGAAAACUACAAAUUUUUAUUUGACUCAAUUUUAAAUUUAAAUCAUAUAAAAAGUCAAAAGGAUAGUCUCACUAAUAACAACAACAACAACAACAACAAUAAUAACAAUCAUAAUUUUUAUGAUAUUGAGACUAUCAAAUUACUUUUGAUUUCAAAUAUUUUAAGUUCAGUUACUAAUGAGACCAAAAAAUUUUCCAACACAAGCAUUUUUGAUUUAAAUCUGAAUGAUAAUGCUAAUUUAUUUACCAAAAUUUAUAAUGAUUUAAUACUAAAAACUCUUAACUUGGAUCUUUUAAAAACCCAAGAUUUUGACGAUGAUAAUGAAGAUAAUGAUGACCUCAAACUGAAAAUCGACUCUAAAAGAGAAACCUCGUUAACUUGUCUACAAAAUCUUAUCAAAUUUUUGUUUCAUAUCAUAUCUAUUAAUAAUUCAUUAAAUAAAUCAUUACAUUCCAAUGGCUCCAUUGAUUUAAAUGAAAAGUUUUUAUCUGACAAUUUGAAUUCUUUUAUUACUGUUUCAAACAGUUUUAUCAACUACGAUCCCUUUAAUAUGGAAGAUAACAUCCAAUCUGAUGAUGAUGAGGACAUCGAAAUAAAUGAUGGUGUCCAAGAUAAUCUCUCAGAAAAUGAUGGCUAUGAAGGUGAAUUCGAUUUCAGUGACGAUGACGAAUAUUACGAUGAUGAGGAACAUAGUGACACUUCUUCUACAUUACGUCAACAAUCAAUUAAUUUAAUUGAUCUAUUAUUUACCAGUAAUAACAAUUAUAGUCAAGAAGUUUGUCUGUCUGAUGUAAGCAUCGUUUUAACAAAAAAAAUCCAUGAUCGUUAUCUUAAGAAUUUAAUUAAAAGGAUCAAAAUGGAAAAUGAUGAAUCUGUCAACUCUAUUAUAAUUAAAACGCUAGCUGACUUCUUUUAUUCCAUUAAAAAAUUCCCUAAUAUUUUAGAGGAUUUUUAUUUAAGUGAAAAAAGUUGGAGUUUGAGAAGUUUACUAAUUAAAAAUUUGAAUUAUUUAAUGAAUAAAAAAGUGAAGUCUGUCGAAAUUUUUUCAGCCGUUCUUACAUUGCUUGAAGUAAUUAAUGAGGGUGAUCUAAAAGAACACGUCAAUGAUAAUGAUGGUUCAGAUCAAGAUAAUACGAAUCAAAAGAAAAUAUUCUUUUUUAGUGGAAAUAAUUUGAAUGUUACUAUAGAAUCAAUUCUAAAUUCAAAAAAUAAGUUGAGUAUCCCUUUUUCAAAUUCAAGGCUAUUGAAGUUUUACUCAACAUUUCUAUUUAAAACAGAAUUAUUUUUGCAAUUAGAUGAUUGUCUUUUGGUGAAAAUCUUAGAUGAUCAUCUAAGUGGUUUAAAUGAUAGAAGUAUUUCAAAUUUUGUGAAUGCUUUAAAUGGGGUCACAACUUUUUUUGAAUGCAGAAACUUUAAUCACAAUUCUUAUUACAAAGAUAGCCAAAAUAUCUCAUCAAUUACAGAUAGGAUUAUUGGCCUGAUUAUCUUCAAAUCAACAUCAACCAGAUUUCUUGCUAGGAUAAGAGAAAUGUCACUUGCGUGCUUGAGGAAUGUUUUUAUGAAUUUUGAUGGAAAAAAUCAAUAUUCAACUAAAAUCAUUGAUUGUUUCGUAAAUAAUAUAGGAUAUGACCAAACAGCAGAUACUUCAAUUGAUUUAUUGCUAUCAAUUUUAAAGUCUGAUAAAUUUGCCAAAACUUUGAGACUACCAGGUAAUUAUAUGAAAACACUUUUUUCUACAAGUAUGAACCUCGUUUUCCCUAGUUCCCAGGUAGUUUAUAAAUCAAAUGGCUGGAAAUUGGUUAGUACUUUGCUUGAGUUGAAACAUAUCGAUGAUUUAGAUGAAAGGGACAUACAGCGAUUGAUCAAUUUAACUUUCCAUAACACUCCAAAAGAUCCAACUGACUUGUGCUCUUCUUUGCAAUGCCUUUCAUUGUUAAUUUUCGAAAAAAAAUAUCAGAUUAUUGGUGAUGGUGAUUUGAAAGACUUAUUGAAAUUGGUAGUUUAUUGUUUCAAGGUAUUCGACUCUAAACAAAACGAGAAUAUGUUGAAGUUUUCUCAGGUGCUAGCUAAUUCACUAAAUCACAAUUUGUCAUUCAAAUUUUUUUUGUUGAUUGCUAAAAAUGAUAAGCUCAAGAUUGAAAACAGUAUGACCUGUGAGUUCUUGGCUGUGUUUGCCGUCACAAGUGAUUUAUUGAAAGAAAUUAACCACUAUGAGACACAAUUUUUCGGAAGCGGAAAAUUGAAUAUACAACAGGAGGUGUUCCUCAUCCAGUUUUUGGGAUUUGUCAGUAGAUACAAAACUCUCCGAGUUCCCAUUGAAAAGUUUUACGAAAAAUUGUCUUCUCCUAUUGAAAAAGUUCAAGUGGCUGCAGCUGGUGCAAUUGGGCAUUUUGUGUUCAGAAAUACUGAUCUUUACUUGCCAACUUUAUUACAAAGAAUACUAAGCGAUGACAGUAAUCACAAGAAGCUUUUGAUUUUAUCAUUAAAACAAAAUUUAGAAAAUGUGGACACUUUCAAUGCAGAAGAAUUGCAAAAUAUUUGGAACACGCUAAUAACCACUGAACGUAAUGAGAUUUCAAUUAACUCAAGUCAAUCUACUGUUGUUGCUGAAUGUUUAUCAACUAUUUGCUUGAUUGAUAGUAGAUUUAUUGUCAAUUUGAAAACUCAAUUAGAGAGACAUGAUAUUCAGAGAGAAAUUUCUUUGGUGUAUACAAUCAUUUCAACCGUGAAGUUUUUAUUACUUGGUAUGAAAUCAAUUGAACUUUCUGUGAAAAUAAAUGACAUACUCCCUUAUAUUCUACGUUCCCUUUCUAAUGAGAAUCUUUUGAUUAAAGAACUUAUUUUUAGCACAAUUAUUACUUGCUUACACAAUACACCGGAUCUUAUUAUGCACGAUUUAUCCGUUUUGCUACCAAAUAUCUUUGAUCAGUUGGUUCCCAAGAAGCAAUAUUUUAAAUUUGUCAGAAUUGGAACAUACAAACGUAAAGUGGAUGAUGCGGCUAAUUUACGUAAGACUGGAUAUGAAAUUUUGUAUACUUUAGUAACAAGUGAGAAGUUAGUUAAGCAGUACAUCUAUAACUUGGAAGAGUAUUUGAUACCAAUUUUUAAUAUUUCAAUCAACCAGGGAUUGAUUGAUGAGGACGGAAUAAUCCUAAUAGCCUCUGUUUUAAUAUAUAAAACUUUGGAGCUCUGUAUUGAAACAGAAAAUAAAGCCAGUUUUUUGAGAGAUGCCACUGGUGACAAAGAGCAGGCAGUAAAAACCAAAAAGAAAGCAUAUGAGAAUGCUUUGAUCGCUUUCGGAGAAUUGUCAAAGAAAAUGUUUUUAAAGAAAAUGAAUAAACCAAGUCAACAAGAGAAAGAAGCAAGAAUAGCUGCAAGAAAAGCAAUUUUAAGCUGCGGUGAAAACAUUGACAAAAUAAUUAAAACUGAUUCACAACUAUAUUUAUCUGAGGCUGAAAAAUCAUGGGACUUUUUAUGGAAAUCUCUUAAUUCUUAUGAUUUGAAUGCCUUUCCUUAA